AUGGGAACAAUAAUGCCAUUAGGUUUUGAUGUUAUGAAAUCGAUUAUUAAAGAUUUUAAUACACAUAAAGAUGAACAAGCAAAUUAUGUUGUUCAUGUUGGUGAUAUAGCUUAUGCUGGAACGGGACAUGAAAAAGAAAUUCAAACAAUAUGGGAUUUAUUUAUGAAUCAAAUAUCUCCUAUAUCAAGUCAAAUUCCAUAUAUGACAGCAACUGGUAAUCAUGAAAAAUAUUAUAAUUAUACAAGUUAUAAAACAAGAUUUUUUAUGCCAUCAAAAACGAAACCAACUUCAUUAGAAAUUGAUGGAAAUUUUUAUUUUAGUUUAGAAACAAAUUUAGUUCAAUGGAUUUUUUUAUCAACUGAACAUAAUUAUACUAAUGGUUCUUCACAAAGAAAAUUUCUUGAAUAUAUUCUUCAACAAUAUGAACAAAAAUGGAAAAUGAAAGAAAGACCAUGGCUUAUUUUAGUUGGACAUCGACCUAUGUAUUCAUCAGAUCAAGCAACUGAUUCAGGUAAUUUACAAUCAGAACUUGAACCAUUAAUUAUUAAAUAUGGUGUUGAUCUUGCUAUUUGGGGACAUAUGCAUUGUUAUGAAAGAACAACACCUGUUAAAUAUAAUAAUUUUACUGAUAAAGAUCAUUUUUCAUCUGAUGGAAAAAUUUAUAAACAUAAUGCAACAGAAUUUGAUCAAACAAGUCCAAUUCAUUUAACCAUUGGAACAGCUGGAGCAUUAGUUCAUGAAAAUUGGAUACCAAAACCUGAAUGGUCUCAAACAAGAUAUCAAAAAUAUGGUUUUGGAAAACUUUUUAUUCAUAAUAAAACAAAUUUAGAAUUUAAAUCAAUUUUAACUGAUAAAACUUCUUCGGAUGAUGAAGAUAAUUUUAUGAUUAUUCGACAAUUUUAA